AUGUCGGAUGUUCGCCACAUAAGACCUCAAUCUUCCGAAUCACACACGACAGUACGAACCACCACUCGAACAUUCCUCCCAACCAACCUCUCAUCACAACAACAACAACAACAACAACCACCACCACCGAAAAUGCCCAAAUCCAAACGCCAGCGAAUCGUCCACACCUCCGUCGUGCAAAAAAAGCCCUCGAAGGAAAAAUCCGCCUCCCUCUACGCCGCCGUCCAAGCCGCCGCCGACGCAUACCAACACAUCUUCGUCUUCUCCGUGGAAAACAUGCGCAAUACCUACCUCAAAGACGUGCGGCAACAAUUCGGCUCCGACGGCCGCCUGUUCUACGGGAAGACGAAAGUCAUGGCUAAGGCGCUGGGGAAAGGGAAGGAGGACGAGUAUAAGCCCGGUUUGAGCGGGUUGGGCAAGUUUUUGGAGGGGAAUGUUGGGUUACUACUCACGAAUCGUGGGGUGCAGGAGGUAUUGGAGUUUUUCGCCGAGUACAGGGAGCUGGAUUUUGCGCGGGCGGGGAGUAAAGCUACGAGGACGUUUACGGUUCCCGCUGGGGUGGUGUAUCAACGUGCCGGGGAACUGGCGGUGGAGGAUGAUUCGCCGUUGCCGCAUCCGAUGGAGGUGAUGGUGAGGAAGUGGGGGAUGCCUACGAGGUUGGAUAAGGGGAAGGUGGUGCUGGAUCAGGAGUUUACGGUUGUGGAGGAGGGGAGGGAGAUGAAUAGUAGUCAGACUUCUUUGCUGAAGGUGUUUGGGGUGGCGAUGGCGGAGUUUAGGGUGCAGAUUUUGGCGUAUUGGAGUGCGGGUAGUGAGGAGGUGACGGAGGUGGAGGCCGACGCUGGGGUAGAGGUGAUCCAGGAGGGUUGA